AUCUCGACUCGGCAGCAGUAGUGACAGUAGGCUACUAGAUUCGAUCGCAGUCAUCAUUCGAUAUUGUUGCCUGGCGGACGUGAAGCACCCAUAGAACCAGCGCGUGAAAAAUAAAAUGAUCGCGAGUUUCGACGGUGGAAGAAAACGACGAAGAAGUGUUCUCUGAUCAAAGCAAGCAGCGGGAAAGAGAGACCGAGUGACAAAAAUCUGCAUCUCGCUUUCUUUGGAAAAUAGAAUAUUUGCUCGAUCGAUAAAGCAACAAAAUAGAAAAAAACGCUGAUCCGUGGGCAACAUUGCGAGUAGUUGAAUCGCACGAGUGCGAAAAAAAAGAAACACCGAGUACUGUGGAAUUAAAUCCGUUGAAAGUGCGUAAUUGUCAGUUUACCAAAAAAAAAAAUGCACGUUUUUGCAUGAAAAGAAAAAGUGAAAAGUACUCCAAACUGUGUUAGUCAACAAAAAAAGUGCAGACAAGUAAACCAUCAUAACAGAAGUGAAAAACCACAGUAGAGGUUACAAGUCCGUACUGUGUACACAAUUUCAGUCUAGUGUCAGAGCGGUGAUAUUUGUCUGUCCUUCAGUAUUGAAACAACGAGACACGACUCAACAGUGAGCGGUUUGUGUACCUAGCUAUAUCACAUCGGCAGUGAAAUGAUUCACGUGGAUGAAACGGAUCCCCUCGGUGAUGUGCCACCGCCAUUUCCUUAUCGUGAGGUGGAGAUACAACGCGGCGUCGAUGCUAAACAGUUGUUCGAACUGAGUACUGAAAUUGGAAGGGGUAAAUUCGGAGUCGUACACACCUGCAAGGAGAAAUCAACUGGUAUCCGACUGGCAGCCAAAUUCAUCCAGAUUGUGAAAAAAGGAGACCGGAAAAACAUCGAGCGGGAGGUGCACAUGAUGAACGUCCUGAGGCACUCCAAAAUCGCUCAACUGUAUGCGGCCUUCGAGUUUGACCGUACUUUCUGUAUGGUGAUGGAACUGGUGGAAGGUGGCGAGCUGUUCGACCGCGUGUUAGACGAAAAGUUCAUCUUGACUGAAAGGGCUUGCGCCAUCUUCAUGCGACAGAUUUGCGAAGCGGUUGGCUAUAUCCAUGGCAACAACAUCGUUCACUUGGAUCUGAAACCGGAGAAUAUUCUUUGUCUCACGGAAAGUGGGAAUCGGAUAAAGAUUAUCGACUUCGGUCUCGCCCGUGAGUAUGAUCCGGACAAUAAGCUGCAAGUGCUGUUCGGAACUCCGGAAUUCGUAGCACCUGAAGUGGUGAAUUUUGAAGCAAUUUCCUUUGCGACGGAUAUGUGGAGUGUUGGAGUCAUCGCCUAUGUAUUAGUGUCCGGACUAUCCCCCUUCGCUGGCGAAGAUGACAUUCAAACCAUGGGCAACAUCACGAUAGGCCGAUAUGAUUUCCUGGACGAAUCAUUUGACAGCGUGUCUGAGGAGGCGAUAGAUUUCAUAAACCGUUGCUUGGUUAAGGAUCAAAAAGAAAGAAUUUCUGCCGAGGAAGCACUAAAACACAAAUGGAUCAAACGAAAACCGCAAUACUAUCCAACAAACCGACGACCAUCGAUCACCACCUUCAAACCAGUUCUGCUCGAGAACAAUAACAACAAGGCUAACGCUGAAAUUGACAAGGAAAAUCUGAAGGAACUAGUAUCCAAGUGGAAUGAGAUCCCGAACAAUCGAUACACCUUCGACCAGACGACGGAAAAUGUGAUCGCGCCCAGUGGAGAAACGAUCCAGAUUCGUCGUCCGAGUGCGGACGGGGGUGGCCGAAGAGGCAGCUUAGCUCGAGGCGAUGAAGAACCAUUGCUACUGUCCCCAUCAUCAUCGACAUCCUGUUGUUCGUCAUCGCCACCACCCUCAUCGGAAGUGAGCGCUACUAACCUGGCAAAUAGUGAGAGUUUCAUCGUCACCCCUCCGCCACUUCCUCUAGCCUUGCGCCCCGCACUAGUGCCAUUAGAAGUAGUUCCUAACACAAACGCAACCACCACAAUUGGCGUGAUCAGCAGCAACAUCGAAAGCACAACUACCUCCGGCAGUAGUAUCGAAAUUAGUAACACCAAUACUAGUAAUAACAUUAACAAUAGUAGCAUUGUCGAGCGAUCGUCACCACCUCAGCCAGAUCGGCUGUCACCAUCUGAUCAUUCUUGUUCAUCUUUCUCAGAUCAUUCUCAGACACCGACAACACACCCGACUGAUCUACCAGCGCCCAUCGGAAGCAAUUCUUCGAUGGAGGUGGUGAAGCAACCCGCUAAAGUGAAGGUAUGUGAUGAGUUACGAAAGCUAUCCGAUUUACUAAAAUUGUCUACUACCGCCAUGCAAACGAAGGAGGAACCCUUACCCGAAUCCAACCCUACCCCACAGAACACGAUCAAUUCACUGAACAAUGGAUCAAGUCCCGUUGCUGUGACCCCACUAAACCCUACUCUCAGUACGGCCGAUCUAGACACGGAACUCGAGAGUCUCAAAUCCAAAGUGAAAGUGAUCAAGACGAGUAAAGCGCAGAACAAUUUAUCAUCGCAGCAGCUAGAACUAUUCUCAAAUAACGCCCUAAAGCUACCAACGUUUAAAUUUCUGCCCAAAUCGAUCAGUCUGUGCAACGACGACUCAGUAUUCAAAGAAAAUUAUACCAAAUUCUGUGAUCGAAAUGCUAUUCAGAAACCUUCCCACCUUCAAGAGUCAUCACAGACAGUAACCAGCACGACAACAACAACUACAACAACCACCAACCAGGAGGAAUCCGAAGGUACGAAACUAAUCGUGACCAAAACUACCAAGAGCAGCAAAACUUCAGCCGACGGAACCAAAACCAUUACCGUACGAAAGACGAUCGUUAAACAGAAAAAGAUCGUCGAACAAGAGGAUGAAAACAUAUGCAAAACCAAACUGCAACCUCAGCCAUCACUCGAUUCUGCGGCAACAGUCAAACGAACCAAGUUCCGUGUCAACCAGAUGAGCAGCCGGGACGUACCGGUUGCGAUCAAUCACGUUGCAAAGCGAUAUCUCGAGCAGAACCGACUAAUCGCGACCACUGAUGGCUGCGCUGUUCCCAAAAAUGAUCAACUGGUUAAAAAAUUCCACAAAGAUCACAUCGUGAACCAGUCGGAAAUGGAGACGACAAAGAAUUUAAGAAAUACCAUGAAAAUACGUAGCCUAUCGGUAGACUGGGAUGCCGUUGAGGCCGUCGAAAACCGAUCGAUGAAAUCCAUCAACUCUUUCCUCAAGCGUACGACCGCCGUCAGUACGAACUCAGCGGUGAAACAGAUUCAGAAGCAGAUUGAGGCUAGUAUUCAUAAAUGAUUCGACGAUACAUACUCAAAGAUGGUUGAAGAGAGUUUUUUGAUCGACGAUAUAAUCGGUCAAAUGGAUCGUGGUCAUUGAAAAGACGUACCAAAUCAAAGAAUCGCUGCUAAAUGGUUUACUUUGUCACAUAUGUUGUUGCUAAUAUACGCUUAAAUUCCAUUAUUUGCUGUUAUGAUAUUAGAUGCACACUUUCGCCUAUCGUCAACAAUUCAUCAUUGCACGAUUUUGUGUGCGUUCUUUAUUAAGCAAUGUCUAUGUUUAUGUCUUAUAACGUAUAACGAGUUUCUACUUUUUAGUCAAAGGAACGAGAAAAAAUGUCAUUCAUUAUGUCCUUCAUUGUCGUUAUUUACAUCCCCUAUCCACAAUCACUCUGUUUCUGUUUUUUUAUAAUCUAUGUCUCAUUACCAUCAGGAAAGCAUGUUAAUUUAUUUAGGUUCUAGAAUUUUACUCAUAUAAGUUACUUGAAAAAGUUUAGAAGUACAAUAGUUAAAACAAAGAAAAAUGUGAAAAUAAAAAAAACUAGGAAUCGUUAUAAACCAUGUUAAUGUUAAAAAAAGGAAAACAGAUAUGUAAAUAUUCAAAGUACCGGUAUUUGAAUAGAAAUAGU